ACGCUGCAGGCAGUGAUCAAGUUGUCUGAGAGCUUAACCUGAGCUCAGUCCGUGGUGCAGAAGGUCCUGCUGGACCUUGUGCAUCCCAGUGGGAACAAGUUAACCAUGUCAAGACCAGGUUUCACAAGAGUUUCAUAAUUAAUCUGAAGUUCAUUGCAAAGCAGUGGCAGUUUAUCUACAUCAUGCUACCAAGGAAUUAAGUUAGUAACACAUUGACCUGAUUCACUGGUAGACUCUCAGAGAGAUAAUGUCCCAUGUUCAUGAUAGAGUACGAAAAGCUGUAGAUUUUAGAGAGUAGAAAUAAGCACUCAUAUUGCCAAAAAGGCUCAGGUUUUCUUGGACUGAAAUCUCAUGCUUUUUUUAAGCUGGUAUAAGUGAGGAAAAAGUUGUAAAUGUUGCCUUCACCUAGCACUCAAUCCUGUUAAUCACAUUACAGUCCAUGGACAAAAAAAGUUUCACUAAUUGAAGCAAGUUAAACCAAAUAUAAUGUUUGCAAUAUCUUGACAAAAUGACACAAAAGCAUGUUUUAUCAUAUUAAAAGCCAAGCUGAUUAGAGGCAGCUUGAUUUUGAUCACAUCUCUUAUAAUGUUAUCAUCCUUUUUAAAAAAAACAUACUUUAAGCUGAUAAUUUUCGAGAUUUUUUUUCUCUCUAAUCACAGGCUACUCAUUGACAUAUUCACAUAGCAUCAAAAUUGGUAAUAUUUUUGUUUCUUUGGGAUAUUAGUAGCAAUCAAUUGUUCAAGAAUAUUUCAGGCAUGUAAAAUGUGUUAAAAUAAGAUCUGUUGCGAAUAAGCCACGACAAAAAUGUAUUCUUUGGCAUUAAAAUAAGCAGAAUGUACCCUGGCAUUUUAACUAGAUAGUUUACAAAUGUUACUGCAGGUGGUCAUAGAAACAAUACUGGAUUAAGCAGAAUAGGAAAUUUCUGUUAAUAUUUCAGAUGAAAACACUUCUUUUUAGACUAUUGUUUUGCUUUUCUAGUAUCAUUAGUCAAGGUAAAAACAUAUUGCUUUCUGAACUCUAUUAUAAUCCUAGACAAUGUUUUGGAAGGUUUAGCAGGAAUCUAAACCAACUUGGCUUUCUUGCAAAUUGGAAGGGCUGGGAAAUGUAGUGAAGUUGAAGAAAUAUAUACGUUCACUAGAAAUAAUACAUUUGCUGGAUAGGUACUUUUGAAGAUAUAAAGAUACCUUUAGAUACCGUUAAGGUAAAAUAGUUCCCAUAAUCAAAUUGAGUUUAGUAGGGACCAAUAUCUCAACUAUAAAGUGUCAUUUUGACCAGUUUUAUUUUUAAUGCAUAGAUAUGUUGGUAUAGGUGCCUGACCAAAGGAACUGAUUAUAAUAGGCUACAAAUUGCCUUCAUUUUACAGCUGUAGAAAUGAUGUUACAAUUGGGCAGUGUAAUUACUAAAGUGUAAUUACUGAGAACAGAAGAAAAAGAGCAAAGUCUCCUUAGAAGAGUAUCAACCAGAUCUCCUGGCCUUGCUCACGGCAGCAAAAUCUUGGUUCUCUUGUGGCUGAGUAGAAGGGAUGAAUUCAAGCAUUUGGGUUCAGAACACCUGCUUAAAUCUGUUCUGCCAGACAGGAGGUCAGAAUGUCUUUGGUGGCUUCCAAAGCCACCGUUGUGUUGAGGGUGCAAAAUACCUGCAAGCCACCAUUGUGUUGAGGUGAGGCUCAUCUGCCUGUUUCACUUGAAGCACUCCCUCCUUCACCCUGAGAACAUCCACGCAGGCUGACCUGGUUAUUGAUUUGCUGGUGGGCAGGAUCACUCUGCAGUGUCACUGUCCCUGUGUGUGACACUGGCUCAACUAGUGCAUGCCUUACAGAUUCCUGAUAAUAGGAAUCCCUGAUCACCUCGUCAGGUUUUUCUCCCUCUGCUCUGAUUGACUUAGAGCACAGAAAUGCUUCUCUCCCCCACCUCCCCCCCAAAAAAAACGGGGAUAAAAAGGAAAAGAAAAAGAAGUUUUCAUGCUUUACUGAUCAGUUCUGUGGCUUACUGGUGGCUGGGGAGUUUUCAGGCAUUUGGAAUAAAUAUUUUGUUAUAAUUUCCUAUAGUAUUCAGAGAUACUAUCUUCUGUGAUGUAGACAGGUGCAUCUUCACUGCACUGAAGUCAGUUCUCAUGCUUUGGAAUAAAGAACACUGUACAUCAUGAUGCUAUAAACCACUUGGCUUGUCAUAUGCCUACUUUUUUGUUUCCAAGGCCCCAGGCUGUUCCAUAAUCCAAAUUCUGUGUUGAAAAAUCUGGUUUUCCAGUAUCAGUAGUCCAUUUUCACUAACAAUUUUGCCCUGUAUGUUUUUAAAAGUUGCUGAAAGGGAUGCUGCAGCUGUGGGAAAUUCCCAGGCUCCUAUCUUAAAUAUCUGUACUUAGGUACAGACAGGACCCCUUCCUUAAUCUCAUAAUUCCAAAGCCAGAUUUAUUAUUUCUGUGGAGAGGUGGUACAAAAAAUUUCAGAAAGUCUGCUGAAUAUUAGGAAAAUGCCAUUCAAAAGAUGAAAGUGAUGUUCACCUUCUGAUCACGCACAUAAUCCUGACUACCUACCACAUUUCAAUUAUGCUUGUACAGUCUAUUUGAUUUGUAAUCAAUCUAAGAAGGAAAACACACGAACAGCUAGCAAGUUUUGAUUAGCUCCCACAUUUUCCAUUCAAAUAAAAUCGUGACACAUGCGUUUACUUCUAAGUUAUGAACAUCUUCAUCACAUUACUCUUCCCUUCAGAAAUAUUCAAUAUCUGUCUUGAAUAUAACCGCUGAAAAGCUUUUAUAAAUUAAAUUUGAGAUCUUUAGAGGAUGGCCUUUAAAAAAAAUUGUCAGAUAGUGAAAUACUUGUUUGCAUGUGCUGUGCUUUGAGGCUUGUUUUGCCAGUAUUUUACUGUUGUUGCUCUGAUGCUCCAAAUGAGAAUCACAUUUGCUGAUGACAAAAGCUGGGUGAGAAGCUUGUCUGUGAUGUUUGGCUAUAUAAUAUAAAUAGGAUGCCCAAAAUACUUAAUGAAUGAGUUAAGGCGAGAUUUACAUCCUCCACAUAAAAACACUGGUGUCUUCCUGUGUUGAGUUGCACUGCUUGUCCUGAGACACCCAGCUGGCAGUUUGUGCACAGCAAAAGGAUGAGAGGAGCAGCCAGGGAACGCAAGUUGUUUGUUAGAUACAAGAAACAUAUAAAACAGGCUGUGAAAAAUUACCCAGUGGUUUAUGGCAUGACAGCCUAAUUUUCAAUGUCUUUGAUUUCAUCCUGAAAAGUGCUGAGAAUUUCUAUUUCUAGUUGAAAUCUCUGGGAGCUGCUUGCACGUUUGUUAUGUAUUUAAAUUGGACCAAAUUUCACCAGUUUCCAGCUGUGUCACAAUGUUUUUUUCCAUUCAUUUUAAAGGAGGAUCAGAUAACAUCAUACAUUUGAACUAUUACAUUAUGCUGCACUAACACAUCCUAUAUUAAGAAUAGGCAUUGCCCUCAAAAAUGCAGAAAUAUAAAUUUCUUGAUAAAUAUACAGUCAUAAACAUUUUUUGCUAGAAUGGAAAAACAGUUAUUUCCUCCUUUCCACAGCACAAGGACCAGUAAUGUUGUACAGUACACCUACAUAUGCUAAGUGAAUAAGAGAUUUUUUUGGUGGGAUAUCUUUUUGAGAAUAUUUCACAUUUUAUAUUAGUUUUGCUGACUUAGUAGGCUUAAAUAGCAGCAAUUCUAUUGCUUUGCUGUAGAGGAAAUGAAACUGCCUUGUUCUGAUGUUUCAUAGUGAUACCUAUGCCUGUAUCUCUCUAAAAUCAUCUUCCCAAUCAGCACUGCUCACUUAAGUUAUGUGUAUACAGACAAAUUGCUCAAAGAAUCCUUCCUUUAACAAGAUUUCUUAUCUUUCCUGCAGUCAAACCCUCAGCAGAGCCUUAGUUUCCCACUGGCUGGCACUCCAGACCUGAGUACAAACUCCUUGCUUUUGGGGCAGAAAAGCAGUCUGAGUUGUCUUUCAGUCCAUCUCCAUAAGCAACUUUGAAUCUCCACUGAUGCAUGAAGUCCCAGAGCGCCAAGGCAGCAGCACAGACAGUUCUGCAACCAGUUUGGGAAGCUCUGUCACAGCAUGUAAGAAGAUUCUCUGCAGUAACAGUCUGCUAGAGUCAACAGACUACUGGCUGCAGAAUCAGAGGACACCAUGCCAAAUUGGCUUUCUAGAAGACAAGUCGGAAAGCAACUGUGCCUCAGUUUGUUUUGUGAAUUUAGAUGCCAACAGAGAUGAUUGCAGCGAUGAGCAAGUGAAACAGAAGCUGAUCAGCGUCUCACCCAGUCUCCCCAAACUGAUCAGUUCGAUGAACGUACAGCCACCGAAGGAAAAUGAAAUAGUCCUGCUGAGUGGAUUGACAUCAGGAAACCUUCAGGCCGCUUAUGAGGUUCCCCAGUGUCCUUGGCUGGCAGAUGUCUGCUUGGUUCAGUGUGCGAGGGGGGACAGGAGGAACAGCGCAAGCUGCAUCAUUUUUGAAAUAAACAAGUUUCUGAUUGGACUUGAGCUCGUUCAGGAGAGGCAGCUGCAGAUAGAAACUCGUGUCCUGAAGCCUGAGGAUGACACAAACUGCUCCGUGUCCUCAAUAGAAGAAGAUUUCCUCACGGCUUCUGAGCACCUCGAGGAGGACAACGAGGCUGAUGAAUAUAAAGCUGGUCAUGAAAAAUUAAAUGUUUCAGAAGUAUCUUCGGAUGUCAAAAAAAAUAAAGGGAAGGGAUUUGAAAACAUUCACUAUAGAAAAGCCAGGUUGCCGUUCAUUCUUGAAGGGAACUGCAUUAAUAAAGAUAAUGCAGCUGCUCAGGUCUCUGAAACUGUGAAUGUUGCGGCUGAAGAUGGCAUCUCACAACUUGAAGAUAAGUCAAACCAGGAAAUACUGUGGCAGAAGGAAUUAGCUGAAAAAGCUACUUCAUCAUUUAGUACUAGUAAUUUGACUAGUGAGGUUGAAAACUCAGCACUUAUGUUAGAAGAUGUAUCUGUAACCAAAAUGGCUAAAGAGGAGCUGGAGCCUCAGGGUGACCCCACAACGAAACACAGCAGCAAGGCAGAUGGGGAAGAUUGUGCAGGUAUCAGGAAAACUGAUCCUCCCUCCCAGAAUGAGCAGGCGACCGCAGGUCAGUACGCCACAAAUUUAGCAGAAUCUGUUCUGCAGGAUGCAUUCAUUAGACUGUCACAGUCUCGACCCAGUUUCAGUGAGGAGGCUGCAGUCAGCAUCUCUAUGGGAAGCUCCUGUAAGUCAGAAGAUGCAUCUGCUUCCCGAUCAUGGAAUGAACUCCCAAAGAUCGUCAUAGUGCAAAGUCCAGACAGUUCUGAGAAUGUGCCUGACUGGCCAGGGUCUGCCUUCCCCAGCCUGAGCCACUGGGCUGAGGCAGAAAGCUCUGCUGAAGUUUCAGAUAACUUUGAGGAAGAACAUUCAAACGGACAUGACCAAAGUGCUCUGGAAGUGGCUCUGGCUUGUGCAGCCACUGUCAUUGGAACCAUUUCCACUCCCCAGGCUGCGGAAAAAUUCCGCCGGGAGCAGGAAGGCACAGACUCCAGAAGCGGAGUGGCUGCUAAUGGAGAGGUGCACGCAGCACCCUCACAGCUCCUUGACGACUGUGCUGGCACGGAAUACUCGUUCCCAUCUGCGCUCUGUGGCAUGACUCAAGUGGCAAGUGCUGUAGCCAUCUGUGGCCUGGGGGAAACAAAGGAGGAGAAGUACCCUGCAACUUCCAGUGGACUUCUGUCUGCUGCUCAGGCCUCUGCAGCCAUUACUCUGCAUUGCAGCUUAGCUGUAGGAAGCAGCAUGGAGAAGCUGAACGACAGCAUUGCAGAGGCGCUUCUCAAAGAGGCAUCCAUAAUUCUGACAAAACCCAACACAUACAAAAAUGUAGGGCAUUUUAUGGAAUCCAUAAAUGGGAAAAUUAUUGAAACAGCAGCAAGACCACGUAUUCCACGUGCUGAUGGAGUAAUCAGGGAUGAACUUGCACAAAACUUAUCCAAUAUUAUUCUACGACAUUCUAUGGAAGAGGUUAGGAAGAAGAGACAUCUACAAGCCCAGUCGGAGGAUGGCUCAAGUACACAAGACAUUUUCACAGAGACUGCAAACGAGUUGCUUUUUAAUAUAAUGUAUUUCACUUGCAAGAAGAUGAAUGACAUAAGGCAACUUGAAGAGUGUUCUCCUCUCUUUUCCGAAGGCACAAAAGCAGAGAAAGUAACAAGAGCAGAAGGAUGGCCAACACUGGUAACAGCGUGUGAAACUUCACACAGCCCCCUUGAUCACUCUGCUGCUAAGCCAUUUGGUACAUCCUACAGCACCAGUACUAGCAAAGAUCUUGAAAAGGUCACAAGCAUUUGCAAGAGCGAUAUCAAAGAUGUAAAUAGCAAUGAAGGUUCCACAGUGAGUUCAGAACCAAGUGGAGAUACAGGGCAUAGCACACUUGGCGCAAAAACAUCUCCCAAGAAGAGAUACCUGAAAAGAACUGCGCGAGACUGUUACAAAUCCCCAAAUCAGAGUAACAAUCAUCAUCAGAAGAAAGACUACAGAUCAUUUUCAGACAGAGAAAAUACCUUUGCAAACAGUGAAUGCAGGCACGGUGUUCAAGAACAGCUGUCUUCCAGUGCCACCAUAAAUACAGAAAACCAAGCCAAGAUUAAGUGUGAUUCUGUGCUAAAUAAUGAUGUUCAACUUAGCUUGUCUUUGUUGGGAAACCAUGUGUUGCUUCCUUCUCAGCCUGUGCUACAGGUGAAAAAUUCUAGGGACAAAUAUUGUAUAACAGACUUUGCGGAAGAAUUGGCAGAAACAGUUGUCUCUAUGGCAACAGAAAUAGCUGCCAUUUGUCUAGAAAAUUCAAAUGGCAAGCAACCCUGGUUCUGUGCAUGGAAGAGAGGCAACGAAUAUCUGGUGACCCAGAGUUUAUCAUGCAGAACCAUGAAAAGGAAGAAGGAAACCCAUACCAAUGGUUCUGUGGUUCGGAAGCACAGGGCGCCUCGGCUUAGCGAGAUCAAAAGAAAAACAGAUGAGCAUCCUGAGCUAAAGGAAAAAUUGAUGAAUCGGGUAGUAGAUGAAUCUAUAAACCUUGAGGACACACCAGAUUCAGUCAAUCUCUUUGCGAAUGAAGUGGCUGCCAAGAUCAUGAACCUCACUGAACUCUCCAUGGUUGAUAGCAUCUGGCAAGGUCCAAACCACCCCAGGAACAGACUGCACUGUGACAGGUGGAGCCGAGCCAAGGCCUCAAGCUGUGAGAGCAUUCCAGAGGAGGACUCAGAUUCCAAAGCCUCUUUCAAUACCUUAGGCCUCAUGAACAGCUUUGGUCACUCUCUGAGCCAGACAAGUUCUGUCUCAAAGCAGUCUAGUUGUGAAAGCAUUACAGAUGAAUUUUCAAGAUUUAUGGUGAACCAGAUGGAAAACGAAGGAAGAGGUUUUGAUUUAUUACUGGAUUAUUACGCAGGAAAAAAUGCAAACAAUAUCUUAACUUCUGCAUUGCAACAGGUAGCCAAGAAAAAUGGCCAUCUUAAUGUAAGACCAAGUUGUCCAUCCAAACAGUCCAGCACAGAAAGUAUAACAGAAGAGUUUUAUAGGUAUAUGCUAAGAGAAAUCGAAAAGGAAAAUAAAGAUAAUGCAUCGUCCUCUCGGAAUUCAAAGGACUGGUGUGGCAGUUUGCUGGCACCCUCUCUGCGGUCACCCUUCUGCUUUAGGCAGUCAUCCAUGCCCGACAGUAGAUCCUCAGGCUCUAGGCUUACAGUGAAUGUCCCAAUUAAAGCAAAUUCCUUAGAUGGGUUCGCCCACCACCGCCAAGAUUCCUUAAGUGUCCAGCCCGUCAGUACCAUGGCUUCUGCGGGGCUCUGCAAGUCUGACUCGUGCCUGUACCAGAGAGGCAAGACUGACCAGAUCACAGACAUGCUGAUCCACGAGACGUGGGCCAGUUCUAUCGAGUCCCUGAUGCGCAAGAACAAAAUCAUAGCAGAUGAGGCAGAGGCUACGGAGGCAGACCAGUUUUACAGUGAUUCUCCACCACAUGUGGAACAAUAUGCAAAAAGACUGGCUGCAAAUAUUGUUGAAAGUGGUAAAAGUUUAAUUGUUGUCCAGCAGGAUUCCUUUGAUUAUACAAGCCGAGAACACGUGCUGGAAAGCAAACAUCCCCAAAGCACAACCCAGAUACAGCCCAAAUCUAAAAUGGAAGAAGUAAAUUUGGAUGAGAAAAAAGAGCAUGUGAAGAGCCCUGGAAGCCUCCCUGCAGGACAGCUCAGGGAAGUGCCUUUAAUUCAGAUAGAAACUGAUCAACGAGAUGAGCCAGGAAAAGACUCAGAAUCCUUGACUUCAUGUGACCCAUCUGGAAAGGGGCAUCAAAGCAAAGAAAAGCCUCCAGAAGCUUUGGAUGGGAAACACAUGGUUUCCAGUUCCCCAGUAAGUAGCAACAGUCCUCAGAGCAGAUCGGAUGCUGAAAUCAUAGGAGAGACCAAAACAGCUGAAGAAUUUCCAGCACAUCUCAGCAGCAGUGAAGAAAGCACUGGCAGCUGGUCCCAGCUGGCCAACGAUGAGGACAAUCCUGAUGACACCAGCAGCUACCUGCAGCUCAGCGAGCGCUCCCUGAGCAAUGGCAACAGCAGUACAACUAGCAGUCUUGGCAUUAUGGACCUGGAAAUUUAUCAGGAGAACGUGCCAUCUUCUCCUAUGAUUAAUGAAUUAGUAGAAGAAAAGGUUUGCCUUAAAGAACAGACAGACAACACUGAGGAAAGUACUUCUGAGCUUUCAGUGGGAACAGCCAACUGUCAAAAGGAUCUCCUGGUAAUAAACUUUGAUCUGGAACCAGAGUGCCCUGACGUGGAGCUGCGAGCAACCCUGCAGUGGAUUGCUGCUUCUGAACUUGGAAUUCCAACUAUCUAUUUUAAGAAAUCUCAGGAAAACAGAAUUGAAAAGUUUCUAGAUGUGGUGCAGUUAGUUCAGCGGAAGUCCUGGAAAGUGGGGGAUAUCUUCCAAGCCGUGGUGCAGUACUGCAAGCUCAGCGAGGAGGGCAGAGAGAUCACACCCAGCCUGUUUGACUGGCUGCUUGAGCUGGGCUAACAAAGCUCUCUGGUUCAGCUUUCCUGUUUUAUUCCAGUUGAAAUAAGCAGUGGUUUGUGUAACGCUCUGAUUUCUGAACAUCACUGAAUAAAAUGUGCAAAAUGUACAAACUCUACAAGAACAGCACAAGUCCGUGCCACAACUGACCCAGGAGCAAAGUGAACCCAAAUUUAUUGUGUCUUUCUGUGUCAUGAGGGACUCUUGACAUGUUGUGCUGUGGGAUGCACUGUACUAUGAGGGGAUGGAUUUUUAGCAUCCUAAAUUAACGAAAUACACAGUAAAGGCUUAAUUAUCUAAUAUAUUCCAUUUUCAUCAAUUUGAUUAAAUCAGUCAGGUAAAAUGGAUAGUAGCCUACCAUUCAGUUUUAAAACAACACUGAUAGUUGUAGUUUAACUGUUAGAAGCAGAGUGUGUUUCAGAAUGACUGGAGGCACCUUUGUCCCUAGAGAAGUAAUAUUUAUGGGUUUUUGAAAUCCCCAUAAUAUGCCAAGGGAUAAAAGCUUUUGAACACUUAACACCUUUGCAGUUAGACAACACGAUGAAAAGCUGCUGAAAACACAUUUUAGUUUCUUCCCAUGUCUUUAUUUCUCUUCCAUAGCUGUUCCUGACUCCUGCAACCUUCCCAAAGAAAUAAAAUCCAGUCCCUAGUUACUAUCCUUAAAAGGCUGAUUCCUUUUCCCUGGGAAGCAGUGCAGGUCAGUAUAGCUACACCUGGUAGAUUCCUGCACACAGCUCUGUGAGCCAGGGCAGCAGUUCUCAAGCCCUGUCCUGCCCCAGCCUUGCAACCUGGGGCGAGUCAUUUCACCUCUGUGCCUCAGUGUCCCUGCCUGGCAAAAGGGAAUCAUGAUAGUACAGUUGUUACCUAAAGUGCUUCUGUUGAAAGCACUCUGUAACAUUUUACAUAUCAAUUAAAAGCAGUGAAAAAAGAACUAUUUUAAUUUAGUGUAAUUGCAUAAAUUGUUAAUGAGGUGAAGAAAUGCAUAUCUUAAAAGAGCACCAUCUUGUCCUAAAAAUCUCAAGAUUAAUUUUUGUAACUUAGAAAAAAGCAAAAUGUUUGUUAAAAUUUCAGCAGACAUAUGUGUUCAUUUUGAAGACAACUGUUUGGACAAUGUGUGAGAGUUCUCAUGCCUAUAACAUUUCUAUAAUUGUUUGAUAAGAUAUACUCUGCUAUUGUCCUGUUGAGAUGAUCUGUUGAUAUCAUGCACUUAGUAAUACAUUCUCUCAACUCUGCCAAAGAGACUGGGUGUGAAUUUAAAGGUAAAAAUUACUUACAACAUCACAGCUCUUUUGCAAUUUGUUUUUUUGAAAAUACUUUUCAUCUCUCUUACUCAAAUAGUGGAAUAGAAUGCCUGCCUGCUUUUCCCAAAAAAUAUUUAAGAGAAGUUUUAUUUUCCAUAUAACAGUAUAUGCUUCUGUAAUAUUUCUUGAAAAAAACCUAUCCUUUUGCACUAAAUAUUUUUGAGAUUUUUGAAGUAGUUUUAAAUAAUUUAUGAAAAAGAGCCAUAUUCUCAGUUUUAUCUUUAAAACCAUUACAAAACUUGCAUGAUUGCAUCACUCAUUUGUUACAAAAUACAAAUUGUUAGUCAAUCAAAAUCUAAUGUGGAACAUUAAAUAACAUGAGUAAUUCUCAAUCUACUCUGCAGUAUAAACAGAACAGGAGAGGUCGCUUUACAAUCAAAAUAAAGAUGAAUUGAUUGCAAACACUGAACAUGAAUGGAGUCACUGGGCCAGCCCCUAAGAACUGCUGAGCAUCUGUAACUCCCACUAACAUGAAUGGCAACUCUGAAUGCUCAGCAUUUCUGAGGCUGAGAGCUAAUGAAAAGCACCAACAAUUAUAAAGUGCUUUGUUUGAGUUAAUAAAUGGGAAAGUAUAUUUAUUUUUAAACCAAAUACAGUUAGUUGUCAGUAUAAUUUUUUGUUGUGAUAGAAUAAAUGUUUACAAAGCACAAAUUACAUGACAGAGUUGUAACAGUGUGAUGCAGUUUCUCUGUACAGUAGUUCUUAAUGUCGCAAUUUAUUCAGAAAUAAAUUUAUGUUAUAAUGUG